AUGGCGAGCAUAGAUGAUGCCGGCAAGCAGACAGCCCCGGUUAUCAUCGUGGGCGGCGGUUUGGCGGGGUUGGUAGCUGCUUUUGAGUUAUCACAGCGCGGCGUGCGGACGUUAAUUGUGGACCAAGAAGGAGAGCAGAACCUCGGUGGCCAGGCAUUUUGGUCAUUGGGCGGAAUCUUCUGCGUCGAUUCGACGGAACAAAGACGGCUUGGUAUUAAAGAUAGCCGGAAGCUCGCCAUGCGCGAUUGGCUUGGAUCAGCACGCUUUGAUCGCCUUGAGGAUGAGGAUAUCUGGCCGCGCCGCUGGGCCGAAGCUUUUGUCGACUUUGCUACGGAUGGGAUGGAGAAGUACCUUAAGGACCGUGGUGCUGGCUUCCUCUCUGCGGUGAGUUGGGCCGAGCGCGGUGACGGUUCGGCAGAUGGUCAUGGAAACUCGGUCCCGCGGUUCCACAUUACCUGGGGCGCCGGACCCGAAGUUGUGCGCGUGUUUGCCGAACCCGUCCAAGAAGCAGCGAAAAAAGGUAUUGUGGAGUUUAAGUUCAGGCAUAGGGUAGAUGAACUACUUGUCGAUGAAAACGGCAGAGCGUCCGGGGUCCGAGGACGUAUUCUUGAGCAAGACCCGUCGCCUCGAGGAGUCAAGACGUCAAGGGAAGAGGUGGGAGAUUUUGAGCUCCAUGGCGCAGCAGUAAUUGUUUCUUCCGGAGGUAUUGGAGGCAACGUGGAGGCGGUAAAGAAAGCGUGGCCCCUGGAUCGUCUUGGUCCGAAGGUACCGGAGAAUUUCGUCAUUGGUGUUCCUGCGCACGUUGAUGGCCGGAUGGUGGGAAUUGCGGAGUCGGCGGGCGCCAAUUUCAUCAACCGCGACAGGAUGUGGCAUUACACCGAGGGCCUGCAGAAUUGGAAUCCGAUCUGGCCAGAUCACGGAAUCCGUGUUCUGCCAGCACCAUCGUCACUCUGGCUGGAUGCAACCGGAAAAAGACUUCCGCCAUUCCUAUACCCCGGAUGUGACACAUUAGCAACGCUCAAGUACAUAUGCAGCACCGGUUACGAUUACACCUGGUUCAUUCUCGACCAAUCCAUAAUCGCGCGCGAAUUUGCGCUAUCAGGCUCAGAACAGAACCCCGACCUGACAGAGAAGAGCUUCUGGCAACUUCUCAAGAACCGAGUCUUUAGCUCCAAGGGCACGGUGCCCGUACAAAACUUCCAGAAGUUUGGGAAAGACUUUGUCGUGCGCGAUAACCUCGAGGACCUGGUCGCUGGCAUGAACGAGAUAGCUAAAUCUGCCGGCGGGCCUAUACUCGACCCCGCGGCUAUUAGGGAAGUCGUCGAGACGCGCGACGACCAAUUCGUGAAUAGUUACUGCAAGGAUGCCCAGGUGAUGGCUAUCCGCAACGGCCGCAACUACUGGCCUGAUACCCGCCGUGUAGCGGCACCCCACCAGAUCUUAGACCCGAAGCAUGGUCCUCUGAUCGCAGUUCACAUGAACCUCCUAACGCGCAAGACACUCGGCGGGCUUGAGACGAAUCUAGAAAGCAAUGUUAUGAAGGCAAAUGGCGAGAAGUUCCCCGGUCUAUAUGCCGCGGGUGAGGCAGCCGGGUUCGGCGGUGGUGGAGUUCACGGGUACAACUCGCUCGAGGGCACGUUCCUCGGCGGCUGCAUCUUCUCGGGCAGGGCAGCGGGAAGGGCGAUCGCUGAUGAGCUUCUUGGACCUGCUUGA